AUGGUAUAUAAACUCGAGCAGUUUGAUGUCCAUUAUCCAUUCGACUCGAACGAUCCUCCUCAUAAACAUGUAUUCGGUAAGAAGUUCUUCUUCUGUAUCUUUUGGGGGUAUGGUGCCCCUCCCCCUCCAUCCUACAGCGCACCCGGUGGUCCCUCGGGCCCCGUGGUUCCCAUUCUCGUCGACGUUCGCGAGGGACCUGAUGCUGCUGGGGUCUACAACUUCAACUUCGAAACUGGGGAUGGUAUCAGCCGUCAUGAGCAAGGCGCCCCUCAGGGACCUGAAGGAGCAGUUGCCGCACAGGGCGGGUGGUCUCUGUCACAGCUUCACCUUCCUGACGGAACUCCUGCCGUGUUCAACUUCGUAGCUGAUGGCAGUGGGUACAGCGUGCAGUCUGACUUACUGCCGACGCCCCAUCCUCUUCCCCCCCACGCCAUCGCCCAGAUCGAAAAGGCUCGACAGGAGGACGCUGCUGCCGCUGCUGGAGGAGCACGUCCUCAGUACAGCGCCCCUCCUCCUCCUCAGUCAAGUCAGGGAUACUUCUAAACCAGAGAUCCUUUUGAUUCCUUCUGGGCCCACUGAACUCUGUAAAAUGUUUUUCGAUGAGUGAUAUUCGAAGAAUAUGCCAUUCCUAAUGCCUCGUAGAUCUCUCUCUCUCUCUCUCUCUCUCUCUCUCUCUCUCUCUCUCUCUCUCUCUGAAGAUAAUGGCAUUUGCUUCGAAUAUAGGACAACAGGCCGACCGCAACUUGAACGGAAACCCACUGAUCUUUCUUGUUAGCUCCUGACGCUUAUUUAUAACUGCUGUUGAUUUUGCAAAGCCCUUUUAAUAUAAAUAAAAAUAUAAAAGCGUU